AAGAAAAUAAAAAAGAAAAAAGAGGAGCAUUCCUACCACAUGCGUUUCAAACGCUGAAUUGAAUUAAUUGCCUAAAAAGACAAUCAAUCUAAGACUCGGUUUGGUGGGAUCUAGGUUAGCUUCCCUUCUCCUCUUCGAUCUGGGACUUCUCGUUUCUCCCCCAACACCGACACAACACCUUCAUCUGCAAUUCAAGCAUGUUCCUCUUCGACUGGUUCUAUGGCAUUCUAGCUUCCCUCGGUCUUUGGCAGAAAGAAGCCAAGAUUCUCUUUCUCGGUCUCGAUAAUGCCGGAAAGACUACCCUCCUUCACAUGCUCAAAGACGAGAGAUUAGUUCAGCACCAGCCUACCCAACACCCGACUUCGGAGGAAUUGAGCAUUGGAAAGAUCAAGUUUAAGGCUUUUGAUUUGGGGGGUCAUCAAGUUGCCCGUAGAGUCUGGAAAGACUACUAUGCCAAGGUGGAUGCAGUGGUUUACCUGGUUGAUGCCUAUGACAAAGAGAGGUUCACAGAAUCAAAGAAGGAGCUUGAUGCCUUGCUUUCGGACGAAUCAUUGGCAAAUGUUCCAUUUCUUGUGCUAGGGAACAAGAUUGACAUUCCGUAUGCUGCAUCAGAAGAAGAGCUACGAUAUCAUCUGGGUCUGACCAAUUUCACCACAGGGAAGGGGAAGGUGAACCUGACAGAGUCUAACCUUCGGCCUCUGGAAGUGUUCAUGUGCAGCAUUGUCCGCAAAAUGGGAUAUGGAGAUGGCUUCCAGUGGGUGUCUCAGUACAUUAAGUAGAUUCUGUCAUCAUUUCCCCCUUUCUUUGAUCUACUAGCACAGUCUGCAGUUACAUCAGAAGAGGUUUUAUCUUUGUUUUUGCUUUUGAUGAUUUCAUUUUCAUUGGAUUAUUUGAUACAACUGCAGUGAUGUUAUGUGUCACAAUUUGUAUCUUUAGAAGUUUUCUCUUGUCGGGGGAUAUUUUCUGUCUGAAACACUGGAUUCUGUUGUAGGGACUAUGUAUGAUUUUAAGGAACACACUAAUAAAUCUGGUGAUGUCUUCUUCCACAUUUUUUGCAA